GUGGACCCUAGCGUGGUUUUGUGAUUGUUUCUGUGAUCGCUUUAAAUGCACAGUCUUGGCAGUUUCUGCUUUUCCGCUGUAGGUGGUCCUAGCCUGCCGUAGCUUUAAUAUAUCACAGCAGACGGAACAACAAACUUAAGGCCCAACACGAGGUUUGAGUACCAAAAUAACUCGAUAAUUCGAACCCGCGAUAUCAGUUUCAGCGGAGCAACUCCAGGCAGUUUCAAGGCGCCAUCAAAAGUAGCUUAAAGAAACUCGAAUAAGGCCCACUUGAAGUCCGACAAUCAGUGAAUGCAGGAACCCGGAAAAGUCACUUGUCUAUUAUUACACAUGCUGCCGGUUUACUGAAUCGAACUUCGCUGCUUCUAGAUCAUGGGGCGUCAUGGAAGACCGCGCGUUGGCCGUCGUUGCUUCACUGAAGAUACGAAACGUAAUGCACUUUUCGAGGAGUACUAUCGGGGACAAUCCAUUGUAUCGGAGUCGGAGUGGCCAGAUUUCAUGUACCACCUCCAGCAGGACCUCCCGAUCACAUUUCGCGUCACCGGAUUCCGGGAACAGAAUAAAGAACUUCUUCGUCUUAUAAAAUAUCGGUAUCGCGAGGAGAUAAGUCAGAUUAUCUUCCCGUCAUCUGAAGAUGGGCAAUCACAUAACCAUAUCACUUUCAAAGCACUGCCAUGGUACCCGGACGAGCUAGCCUGGCAGUUGGACACAGACAGAUUCGUUGUGAGGAAGACACCGGAGCUGAAAGUGCUCCAUCAGUUUUUGGUUUCCGAAAUGGAAUCGGGUAACAUCAGUCGCCAGGAGGCAGUUAGCAUGCUCCCUCCACUCGUGCUGGAUGUUCGGUCGUACCAUGCCGUGCUGGAUCUGUGUGCCGCACCUGGUUCCAAAUCUGCCCAACUGGUCGAGCUGCUACAUGCUGAUGCAGAGUCUCAAUGCGUCACAGAGGUGUCUAAUGAUGCUUGGCCUUAUUCUGAACCCACGGGAAUGGUAGUCGCAAACGACGUCGAUCAAAAACGUUGCUAUAUGAUGGUGCAUCAGGUCAAACGCCUUCAGAGCCCGUGCACCAUGAUCACACAGGAGGAUGCAACGUGUUUUCCGAAGCUUUAUGUUCCACAGUCAUCCACAGAAAAAGAUCAGACCACGGUGAAUGAACAAUUCCUUUUCGACCGUGUACUGGCAGAUGUGCCUUGUAGUGGAGAUGGAACGUUGCGUAAAAAUCCCGACUUAUGGCUUCGGUGGAAUCCAAAUUUGGGCAUCUCAGAACAUUACCUACAAUCACGCAUUCUACGCCGGGGGUUAGAACUACUCCGUGACCGUUGUGCCGAUGGACAGGACUAUGGUCGUCUUGUCUACUCUACUUGCAGUUUCAACCCGUUGGAGAACGAAGCUGUUGUAGCCAACAUGUUGCAUGCCUGUCAGGGGUCGGUACGUUUGGUCGAGCCGGACAAAUUGCCGUUUGUGACACUUCUCAAGACAGCAGCGGAUCCCAAUCGGUUCUUGGUUCGUCCUGGUUUGACUAAGUGGCGUGUGAUGAACAAGAAGGGCUGUUGGUUUGAUAAGUUUGAGGAAGUUCCUCCGAGCCAACACUCCAACAUUCGUCCUAGCCUCUUUCCUCCCGAGGACGUUUCGGAGCUCCAUUUGGAGCGCUGCAUGCGGAUCGUGCCUCAUGACCAGAAUACUGGUGGGUUCUUUCUUGCCGUACUCGAAAAGAUUGCUCCGCUUCCAUGGAUGAAACAAGCCCGCCGAACGUUUGUGGCAACCGAUGUUGCUGUGGAGUCGGAACCCGGAGUGUCAGCCGGCUACCCGGGCUUGGGGGAUAUUGCUGUGUUCGAAAACUCAGCUGAUCCGAACCAACCAGGCAAACGUCCUCACGACCCACAAACCAAUGCGAACCAAGAAGAACCGAAAAAACCGCGAGUCUUUAACGAAAACCCCUUCACCUACAUUGAUCCGGUUCGCGACACUGAGUGGCACGGGAUUCGGGACUAUUACGGAAUAGCGGAAAUGCUUCAUCCAGAUGACUCCUCUCCUCCGUCGAACCGACGUUUUCCUCCGUCGCAUCUUCUCUAUCGAUCUACCAAAGAAGAGCUACGUCGUCGCCAGUUUUAUUACACGAAUGGUUUAAUCAAGCGAAUCAUCGAAUCAAACAGCGCCAGAGGUUUGAAAAUCGUCAGCAGUGGCGUCCGCCUCUUCUCCAUAAUGGAAGACAAACAAUUCAACGGUUAUCGGUUGCUCCAAGAUGGCGUAGAUCUGGCAGACGCGUUUCUUCCUCCCCAUGGUGGUCGCCGUAUUCGUCUGACAGCUGCAGAGUACCCGGACCUAGUGUUGUUACUUCAAGAAGAGAUGCCAUUAAUCAGUCGGAUGACCAGCUCAACGCAAGCUCAGUGGUCGGCGAUGAAUCCUGGACCGGUUUUAAUCGAAUAUUGUCCAUCGUCCGGCUGUGAACCCACAGAUCCAAACUUACCUCACUGUCGUCUAAUAUUCGCCGGGUGGCGUGGAGUGAAGAGUCUGCGGCACUACAUUGGUCGUCAUGAGCGCCUGCAUCUAAUGCGUCUGGCCAACCUUGAGCCCAAGCCUGCAAUCAUGGGCCACACACCCCAAGUGGCUAAUGGUGGAGAUGGCCCUAUCGCAGAGGAAAUUACUGUCGGAUCGUCAGAAGCUGAACCCGUAUGACCGACAAAUGGAUGACUCGAUUUUGCUAUGUAUUUUACUCCGCUAUACUUUGUGCUUUCAAAUCCCACAGAAUUGCACUUCCACGAGGCGGAUUGCUCAUAUGUACAUAGUAAAUUCCGGAAA